AUGCAUCGACGAUGCACCAGAAUCUUGAGCAUUUGGGAGGAUCAUCACGUAGUGUCUAUGGCCUCAAAGGCUCUCCUUGGACAAAGACGAUGUGGGCAAUCUCUAGAUCUUCUCGCGAAGUCUAGAGAUUAAUGAAAUGGGUCAUCGAGUCAUCUCCGGCGGCUGUCACCCGACAGAGUAGAAAGAAAGCGACUUUGUGCCUCUCCAGCGGCUGUCACUUUAUAG